UCCUCUCUCUCGCGACUCGCGCUCUCUCUCUCUCUGACUGUGCUAAGUCCUCCUCUGUUGCAGUCUCCAAUAAUGGCGAUUUUUAAGUCACUUUUAUUUAUUUUUCUCGUAACGCUUCAAAUUGCUUCAUUCACAGCUUCUUCCUCAGAAAACAAUGGUUGUAAUAAUGAACAUCAGAACCAUUUGCUCGACGAACUCAAAUCCACUGUCUCUGAUCUCCAAUCAAUCAUCACUGAGAAAAACCAAGAAUUGAUUAUCAAGGAAGAGAAAAUCCAAGGUCUGGAGUUAUAUAUCCGGGAGAAAUCGUACUUGUUUGAGAGUGAGACUGAUUUUUCAAAAUCUAAGGAUGGGGUGAAGCAUGCUAGUAAAGCAGAAGAAAAGAUUUUUGAGCUUCAGAAGCAGGUAUUUGCUCUAAAACGGGAAGUGGAAUUGCAACGCAAGAGAAGGCUUGAAGUGGAAGCUGAGAAAUUUGCACAACCUAGCUCAAAGCUUGAAAAUAUUGAUGGAAAGUGGUUCUUGGCUAAGCUUGGUCUUAACCUGAAUAAAACUCAGGCCUAUCUGAUGACCUUAUGGCAUCAACAUCUGAGCUCAGCUCUUCAUAUCACUCUUCAAAAGGUCUUGCAGAAAAUUGACCAAGUCCAAAAAUGGUCAGAGCCUCACAUCGAAACCCUGAAUUCAAAAUGGAUUCCAAGCAUCAAAGAUGCAUGUGUGACAUUAACUAUAUAUCUUGAACCAAAAGUUCAGUAUUUAACUGAUAAGUCCAUCGAGGUGUUAUGUACAUCUAAGCAGGCUUUGACACCACAUCUCAUCCAAGGAUUCGAUGCAUCAUACUAUUAUUUUGAGGUAAUCAAAACACAUACACAUCCAUACACGAUCCGGAUUAUGACCAUAACGAAACCACACUUGGAGAGAGUACAAGUUGCCUUAGAGCCAUAUACUGAGAAUGUAAGACAUGGCUUUAAGAAGUUGGUUAACUCGACAAAAAUCUAUCAUCAACAGGCUCAAGAAAUGUUGAAGAACAAUGAGCUCACGAAACCGAUUGCUACCAUGGACUUAGCUUGGGUUGGGGCCACAGCUUUAAUUGGCUUCCCACUUAUAUUCAUCAUCAAAUUGCUUACUGCAGUCUCCAAUCCAAAGGGGAAGAAGAGAUACAGCCAUAGAAAAGAACCAGUCAACGGGUAUCGAAGAGCCAAACGCCGUCAUCCUCAAUAAUGAAACAAUAGAACUAUAACUUUAGGAGAUCAAAAAGGUUUUAGUGGUUUUACUUACAGACAUUGCCUGUGGUUCCUGUUAAGAUGGUUUACUCAAAUGAAGGAAACAUCUUUUGCUGGUGGUUUGUAUAUACCUUUCUGAUUUCUCAGAACCCAAAACAACAGUUAUUAGUUUUGGGCCUCUUGGCUGAAGAAAUUGAGCAGAGCUGUUCUACAAAUCUCUGUAGUAAGGAACAAUAUUUUCAGUUUGUCGUCA